UCGUUGACAUCCAUCUGAGUAUCGUUGUCCACAGAUGAAAUAACGGCAAUGGAUCAAACCAACACCAUGGAUCAAUCCACCACUCCAGCUGCGGUCAAGGCGGACACCCAGGCAGAAGAUGUCACCGAGUCUCCUUCUAAGCGCAUGAAACUCUCGCAUGAUACUUCACCUGCGGACAAGCCAGCCUCAACGGAGCGCAGAAAAGGGAUUGCUCCCAUCAAAGCGGAAUACCUCAUCGACAUGACCAAGUCAUCCGCGGCAUCAGCAGAAGCAGACGACGACGCAGCCGAAGCAGCAGGAAAGACCGACCCCAAAGCCACCGCUGGCCGCGGCGGACCCAAAUCCAAAGGCGGCCAGAAUCACAAUCGACAGUUUGGGAAUUCCAGAGACGCCAUCGAGCUCUGCAAGUCCCGCGUGCACGUCAAUGAGUUUUCGCCCCAGGCUUGUCAGUUCGGAGCCAAGUGCCGGUACGAGCAUGACAUUCGCAAGUAUCUGAAGGAUGGGAAGAGGGAGGAUCUUGCGACGUUCAACAGCCUGUGUCCCAUCUUUGAAAUCAAAGGGACCUGCUCCGCCGGCUGGAAGUGUCGUUUCGCCAGCAGUCAUUCCAAGGAAGUGGAGCAUGAGGAUGGCCGCAAGGAAUUGGUCUUGGUGCAGAAGGAUACGCAGACUAAUGGUACGACCGAUGACGAUGACGAGGGUGUCAGUGGCAACGGCGUGGUCAACCUCGUGGAUGCUGCCACGAAGAUCAAACUCCGCAAGAAAAUCUUCCCUACCCCCAAAUCCGAUCAGUACCUGCAAUGGAUUGAGGCGCGAUCCAAAGAAGAUCCACCGGACGAGCCGCUGGUCGAUGCUGACGGGAUCGAAAUCACCAAUGGCAAGCACGACAACCGAGCCACGUACCGCGAGCCUCCACUCAAACCCUCCGAGAAACGACGGAUUUACUACGGCCCGGAAACCCCAAUCCUCGCACCAUUGACUACACAGGGCAACAUGCCGUUCCGUCGGCUGUGUGUAUCCCUUGGUGCACAAGUGACGUGGUCGGAGAUGGCCAUGGGCUUGCCCUUACUGCAAGGAGAGAAGGGAGAGUGGGCGUUGAUGAAAGCGCACGAGUCGGAGCUCAGUCCUCCCGCGUACAGUGGAAAGACGGUCGUGUCAGAUUACAACAACAGCAAAGACUUGAAAUUCGGAGCGCAAAUCGCUGCGAACAAGCCCUGGCUGGCGCUCAAGACUACAGAAGUCCUCACUGCUUUGGCUCCUCACCUUCGUGCCGUCGACCUCAACUGCGGAUGCCCGAUCGACUUGGUCUUCCGACAGGGCGCCGGCUCGGCAUUGCUCGACAGUCCCACCAAGCUGGAGAGAAUCCUCCGCGGCAUGAACGUGGUCUCAGGCGAAGUGCCCAUCACCGUCAAAAUCCGCAUGGGCACCAAAGACAACCACCCCACAGCCGAGAAGCUCUGCCGCAAACUCGUGCUGGGAACGGAAGACUCGAAAGAAACCGGCGACGGACCAGCAGGCGUGGCAGCCAUCGCCCUGCACGGCCGCAGUCGCCAGCAGCGCUACACCCGCAGCGCAGACUGGGAGUACAUCGCCUCGUGCGCCAACCUAGUGCGCAAACUCAAGACCGAGCACGCCGAUGCCGUUGACACCAUCCACGAACCUGACGCCCGCGACCUCUCCAAUUCCACCACGGCCACGCGCGACGGCAUGCCUUACUUCAUCGGCAACGGCGACAUCCUCUCACACGUCGACUACAACACGCAUCUCAACGACGCCGGCGUGGACGCGUGCAUGGUGGCGCGCGGCGCGCUCGUCAAGCCCUGGAUUUUCGAAGAGAUUGCCACGAACCAAUACCUCGACAAGUCGGCGACGGAGCGGCUGGGCUACAUUGAGCAGUUCGCCCGCAACGGGCUGGAGUACUGGGGUUCAGACGAGCUCGGGGUGGGCACGACGCGCAAGUUCCUGCUGGAGUGGCUGAGUUUUAGCUGUCGCUACGUGCCGCUGGGUCUUCUCGAACACUUGCCGCCGAAGCUGGGCGAUCGGCCGCCUGCUUUCCGGGGGAGGAGUGAGCUGGAGACGUUGCUGAGUAGUGGGAACUACAAGGACUGGAUCAAAAUCAGUGAGAUGUUCCUGGGACCGGCGCACAAGGACUUCAGGUUCCAGCCGAAGCACAAGUCGAACAGCUAUGAGAUUGAAGCGGAGGGUUAGGGCUAGCUAGACGGCGAAGGAAGAGGACUGUAGCAGUGCUGGGGUAGUGAGGAUCGAGGCUGAAGGAUGACUGCUUAUCCCAUAGCCGCGGCGAUCACUGCUCAUCUUGUCGUCGCCUAGGUUGCUUGCUUAUGGAGUGAAAUCACCUCAUCUCUGCAGCAUCACCAAGCAAUCGACUCAUCAUCUUCCGGCAAGUUCCAUGAAACAACCAUGCAAGCCAGGGAUCAUCCAUCAAUGUUCAUUCGCCAAC